AUCACGGAAGUGUUUUGGGAUUUCCCAUAGACUGGUCGCCUGUUUUCAUGCAUGUCUUUAUCCGCAAUGAUCAAGACAGGUAUUGGUUUUACAUGACCGGUGAAUUGGAAAAACGUGCAUCGAUGUAUAAAGCUUGUUUUGAUUGGGGUCCGAGGUGAUGUUUAUCGGCUUCUGUAUGCAGCUUGCAUAUAAUUUGACUGUGAAUCUCCAGUGUGAAAUGAAUACGAGAUCAACUGUAUAUCAUCACACGUGACCAUCAGGAUCUUGACGUGGCUUCGUUCAAGGCCGAUCUAUAUUUAGAGCGUAUUUUCCCGGAUAAAAAGAUUACUUCAAGCAGUUGGAACACUGGUUUGAUAUUUGUUUUAUACAAAUAGUCUGGGAGGGGCCUAUAAGUUAACCACCAUGGCUGACCGUGUACCAGAAUGGGUUAACAUUGCCAAAUCAAGAGCACUUCAGAAACUUCAUGUGAAGGCAUAUUGGCUUUCCGGGAGUGUAAAUGUGAACGCCACGGCAGAACUUAAGACUCGGCCGCAGGGAAUUCGCUACCUCUCAUUCGCUGCUCCGCUACAUCUGAAUUAUGCUAAGUUGCACUCUGGAUUAAUUGAAGCCUUCGGGAUAUCUCUAUGUAAAUUACAGCUGUUCUGGAAAGAUGUUGAAGGUGACUUUGUUUCAUUUUCAAGCGACACGGAGUUAUCCGAAGCAAUUGCGAUGGGCAUGCGGAAGGAUGUCUUGCACCUGUACUUUCAGAAGAUCAAUUAAUGGGCAUGUAUCGCACGGGAGAACGUCCGCUGUGCUUCGUUACUGCAGCAAUGUCACUUUAAAAAUUAUAAUCAACAUCACAAUCAUAUAACUGCAACUUUAAACAUGUGUGUGUUAUAGCCUACAGUCUGGUGUACUUUUCAUUUAAAAUAUAUUCAAACAAAAACAUAAUGAUGGCCUGAAAAGAGUGUCCAUGUCAGGUUUGCCUAGAGAAAACCGAUUAUUUCCAUUGCAGUCAUCGGUUUGUAUAUGUAGCCUAUAGGGCUAUUAAUUAUAGUCCCCAAUACAAGUGCAUGUUAAAAAGACAGGAAAGUUUUUUGUUCAAACAUUUUCUAGAAGACGAUCAGAGCACCGUUAAGUUAAAACCAACGGUUCUUUUCAGAACCACACCAACACAUUAGAGAUUAUUACAAAUUAAGUUUCAAGUAAGUUUCAAAUCCUACUCAAACAGUUUAGUCUGAAAUAAGGUAAGAAUUGAGAUGGAUACUGUAUAAUUAUUUCAUAUGGUGUCACAGUGUCAUGGGUAUCUCAGUGUGUGUGUUCCACUUAUUAUUAUUCCUGCCUGAUUCCCUGAUACAUAAUAAGCGCUCCAGACAUUCGGCGAUAUCUCAAACCGCUACCCCCUUUUGAAAUGAAAUUUCCACAGUUUACUUUUAUUGUACAUUUAUAAUGGCACAGGUAAAGUUGAUCAAAGGCACUGAAAACGUUUGGUUAUUACUAAAAAACAUUAUCUUAAAAACUUACUUGGUAACGAGGAAUGGAGAGCUGUUGAUAGUA